CCAUUCAACAUAACUUCCCUCCUCUCCCCUCACUAGCCCCGAUUCCCUUAUCCUCAAACCCUUCGAAAAGCCCCAUUUUUCUUCAUUCUUCUCCUCUCCUACACUCACAAAUCUAUACACACACAUAUAUAAAAUGUCUUGUGCGACCAAGCCUAUAACAAUGGCAACAAAUGGUUGCCUAAUUUCAGUACCAUCGCUCUUCACCAAAGAAAAAACUUUGUUUUCACAUUCGAAUCUCCCUAUCCCAUUGAAACCCGUAAAAGUCUAUCUCUCUUUGUCCACUCUCAAAAAGCAAACAACCAAUCUGAGAUUCUCUGUAAUAGCUGCUCUGCAAGAAGAGAACAACCCAGUGCUUGUUGAAGAACAAGAACUUCAACGAAAUUUUAACUGGGAUAACCAAGAAAUAUCUGAAGGGGAAAUUGAAUUAGGAGAAGAGAGCGGUGGGGUUGUGGAGGCUGUUGAGGAUGCUGGAGAGAGUGAUGGUUAUGUGGAGCCACCUGAGGAAGCUAAAGUGUAUGUGGGGAAUUUGCCUUUCGAUGUGGACAGUGAGAAGCUGGCUCAGCUUUUAGAACAGGCUGGUGUUGUUGAGAUUUCUGAGGUUAUUUACAAUAGGGAGACUGAUCAGAGUCGAGGGUUCGGGUUUGUGACGAUGAGUACUGUGGCAGAAGCUGAAAAGGCUGUGGAAAUGUUCCAUCGUUAUGAUCUAAAUGGAAGGUUCUUGAUUGUUAAUAAGGCGGCCCCAAGAGGGUCCCGCCCAGAACGUACACCUCAGGUGUUUGAACCUGCUUACAGAAUUUACGUUGGUAACCUUCCAUGGAGUGUUGAUGAUGGACAACUAGAACAAGUUUUCAGUGAGCAUGGUAAAGUAGUAAGUGCUCGUGUAGUUUAUGACAGGGAGAGCGGUCGAUCGCGUGGUUUUGGCUUCGUAACAAUGUCAAGCGAGUCUGAAAUGAAUGAUGCCAUCGCUAACCUUGAUGGACAGAGUUUGGACGGGAGAGUGAUCAGAGUAAAUAUUGCUGAAGAAAGAGCUAGGCGCAACUCCUUUUGACUUGUUUAAGGGAACAUGUAACCUGUAUUUCAUUGGUAUCCAAAGUGAGGAUUGUAGCAGUCAUAUUUUAGUCAGCUGUCAAUGGGUAAAAUUUUCUGUUGAUCAUCAAGUCCAUUUUGCGCUACCUUUAAUUUUGUUGCUUAAGCUGGGAAUAUAUGGAGCUUAUAGUUUAAUUCUUGUGAAAUCCAGAGAUUUAAACCUUUUUCCAGUCUUAAGGUUUCCUUUUUUUAUUUUUUAUUUUGCACUGUUCCUGUUAAUUUUGUUUCUUAAGCUGGUAAUUUAUGGAGCUUGUAUUUCA